AAAUAAUUAUUUUUUUUAUUCAUAGGGAUUUUUUGGAACUUCUUUUUCAAAAACCCAUCUUUUGCCCUUUUUUUUUUCUUGUUCCACUGGUUUGAUGGCUGCUUCUGCACAAUCUCUUUUUUCUGCAAAUUUUCAUGUUUUUUCCAACAAUGGAAUUAUUCAAAAAUUUCAAAAAGUAAGGAAAAAUGGUGGCAAUUUCGUUGUGAAGGUUUCUUCUGAUUCAGCAGAUGACUGCAAUGUGGAAGAAUGUGCACCAGAUAAAGAGGUGGGGAAGGUAAGCAUGGAAUGGCUAGCCGUGGAGAAAACAAGAGUGGUUGGAACAUAUCCUCCAAAAAAAAAAGGUUGGACUGGUUAUGUUGAGAAGGAUACUGCUGGCCAAAAAAACAUCUACUCUGUUGAGCCAACAGUUUACAUAGCAGAGAGUGCAAUCAGUUCUGGAAGUGCUGGGACCUCUUCAGAGGGUGCUGACAACACAGUGAGAAUUGCUGCUGGCUUGGGCCUACUCUCGCUAGCCGCUGCUUCCUCCAUACUCCUUCAAGUUGGAAAGACCACUCCACCUCAAAUUCAGACCUUAGAAUAUUCUGGCCCUUCUCUCAGUUACUAUAUCAACAAAUUCAAGCCACCUGAAGUUGUUCAGGCAUCAGUUCCCUCCGAAACUCCAACAAUCACAUUGCCAGAAUCCUUGCCGGAAGCCUCACCGGAAACAAUACAGGCUCAAGUGGUUCCAAGCACAGGGAUGAAAACACCAAGUUCAAUUGUCAACUGAUUGAGCUUCACUGGAUUAUAGAACCAGUAUUUACACGGCCAUGUUUUUGCUUCAUUCUCUUAUGUAAUCAUCUAUUUAUAGAGUAGUUUCAAAGUUUUUGUUGCGUUAAGAUUUGCAUCAGUCAAACCCAUGUUUUGCUUGAUACUACUCGUUCUCUAUUUGUUUAUUUAUAGAGUAAUCUACAGGUUUUUAUUGUGUUAACA